AUGGCUAACUAUGAUGAAUUUGGUGACGGUGAAGACCUGGCAGUGGGAGGAAUUGGCUGCCAGACCAUUAUAACAUUUCCAUCACAGACAGGAUCCCUUCCAAGUGUACUAAGAAGAGGAAUUUUGACAACGAUUUUGACUCUAAAGAAUGUACACAAGGUGAAGGAGGUUUCCAUCUAUGGUUAUGAGGAUAUAUGA